AUGAGCAUACUCAAGCCUUGCAUAUUUCUCGGCUUCAUCCCAGGAAUCACCCUUUGGGACCAGGACUCGCUUCAGAAGGACUUGUGUAUCAAACCACAACCCAAGGCUGAAUAUGAAAUCAUUGCAUCUGACUCCAUCGAUGAUAAGGCCUCCGCCCUCAAUGUCUCAGCAUCACUCAAGGCCAGUUUUUUGGGGGGGUUGGUUGAAGUGGGUGGAUCAGGCAAAUUCUUUCAAGACACCAAGCAGUCCAAGCAACAGGCCAGAGUCACUCUGCAGUACAAAGCUACCACCAAGUAUUCACAUCUGACCAUGAGCCAUUUGGGAAUCCAAAAUGUCUCUUACCCAGCAGUUUUUGAGCAUGGGACAGCCACCCAUGUUGUCACUGCCAUCUUGUAUGGAGCCCAGGCUUUCUUUGUGUUUGACCGAAAUGUCUCUUCUUCCGAGUCCGUGCAAGACAUACAAGGAAGCCUCAAAGUUAUGAUUAAGAAGACGGUCACUAUUGAAGGCGAGGCAUCCAUCCAAAUGAACAACCAGGAACAAAACCGUGCCAAUCAGUUCAACUGCAAGUUCUAUGGAGAUUUUUCUCUGGAGAGCAAUCCGGUGACUUUUGAAGAUGCCAUGAAGGUCUACACUGCUCUGCCCAAAAUGCUGGGUACCAAUGGGGAGAAGGCUGUGCCUGUGAAAGUUUGGCUGUACCCACUGACCAAGCUAGAUUCCAGAGCAGCUAAGAUGGUGCGUGAGAUCAGCUUAACACUGAUCUUUGAUGCUCAAACUGUCUUGGAGAAACUGAAUGAAAUCAACAUGCGAUGCAAUGAUCUGACUAUGAAUCCUGCUGUUGAAAACUUCCCAGAAUUAAAGUUGAAAAUCAAGAGAUUCAAGGAUCUGUGCAAGCAGCACAGGCAGACUUUCCAGAAACGACUGACAGGAAUCUUGCCUUUGAUCCGGGGAGGGGGGGAAGAGGAAAGAGUUCUGGUGGACAUCUUAACAUCCAUAAAUCAAUCACCCUUCAAUAGCCAAAGUCUCAAUAAAUUUUUGGACACCAAGGAACAAGAGAUAAACAUGGUCAAGUCUUACCUUGAUAUCCUGAGUGGGAUAGAAACCAUCUCCUCCCAGAAUAAACUGGAAGAGGUAGUGCUUAACCACCAGAAUGAAUUUGUGGUCUCAUUUACAUUCACCUCUUUACACAAUGAGGAACCAUUUUUAACCAGUUUACAACACUUUCUUCAGGAAGGACCGACAGAUCCUACAGGAGUCCAGAAUGCACCGGAGGAGUGGAAUGUUUGGUUUCAGGAGAAAGACAGACAGAGAAAUGCUCGGAAAGCUGCCAAGUCCAUUGCUGAUUUUGCCCAAGUCAAUAAAUCAAAUGGGAAGACCCGGUUCCUUGUGGCUUCUGUCUCAAAUCAGGACAACCCAGGAGUUUCCAUUUACCUUUACAAAGAUGGGGAGCUGAUCAGCAGCAACUUUGAGCUGCCCUCAAAACCUCUCCCUCCCCUGGUUGGCCGAAUUGGACAUGACCAUGUGCAGCUGACAUUUCAACCAGCUGAGUAUGGGAGGGCUUCAAUCUCCAGCUAUCAGGUAGAAUGCAAGAUUGCAGGAGAAGGAAACUGGGAGAUGGUGAAUACAGACAGCAGUCAGGAGACAUUCCAAGUGAGAGGGUUGAGGCCAGACUCAGAAUACCAGUUUCGAUACUCUGCUAGGAGCAAACCAGGACUUAGUGAGACUAGUGAUUUGAGUAGAUCUGUAAAGACACUUCCUACCAGCCCUCCUGGGACACCAAAAAAGAGAACAGCAGAGUCUUCCAAAAUCAGUAUUGUCUGGGAGAGCCCAAAGGUCAUUGGAGCUGAUAUCAAGGAGUACAAAGUGGGGUACAAAGUGGUGUACAGUGAAGAGGCUGGAGAGGCAAAAAGCAAGGACAAAAAUGAAUGGGCUGAAAAAAGAACAGGGAAGAAAACAGAGUUCUGUGAGAUUGAUGGUCUGAAGCCCCAGACAUCCUACAGGGUCAGAGUCUCAGCCAUGUGUGCCGGUGGGGCUGAGAGUGAGCCCAGCGAAGAGAUUGAGGUUUCCACAUCAUUAGAAGGAGAUGAGAAGAGAGUAGCUUGUAAAUACCUCCAAGACAGCAUCCAGGUGGAGGAUGGGCCACCAGCAGUGUAUGCUCUGCCCCUGGAGCGCAUAUCGGAUGUCUCUGGAUCCUGUCCAACAUACCAGCUAGGGAAAGAGAACAUGCAGCUCCAUAACAAAGUGAUUAUGGUGAUGGGGGCAACAGGGUCAGGGAAAACCACUCUCAUCAAUGGGAUGAUCAAUUAUGUCCUAGGUGUGCAAUGGAGAGAUGAUUUCCGAUUCAAACUUAUUCAUGAAAAUACCAACAGAAGCCAAGCUCAAAGCCAAACAUCAGAAGUGACCACCUACGUCGUCCACUACCAAGAGGGUUUCCAAGUCCCCUUUUCCCUCACCAUUAUUGACACUCCAGGAUUUGGAGACACAAGGGGAAUAGAGCAUGACAAGUUGAUAACAAAGCAGAUCCGGGAGUUUUUCUCCUCCCCAGGGGGCACUGAUCAUAUAGAUGCCAUCUGUAUUGUCGUCCAGGCCUCUUUUGCUCGUUUAACUCAUGCCCAGAAAUACGUCUUUGACUCUGUGCUCUCCAUCUUUGGCAAAGAUAUAAAGGACAACAUCCAAGUCCUGAUCACAUUUGCAGACGGACAGACCCCUCCUGUUCUCGAGGCCAUUAAGGAAGCCAAUGUACCAUGUGCUAAGGAUGCCAAGGGCACCCCUGUGCACUUCAAAUUCAACAAUUCGGGACUGUUUGCCAACAAUCCCGUGGAACCUGGAGGCAACUUCAAUUUUGAUGAAAUGUUUUGGAAAAUGGGCACCAUGAGCAUGAAGACCUUCUUUGAUUCAUCCCACACGCUAGAAACAAAGAGCUUAACAUGGAUGAAGGAACUGCCCAGGGAGGGAAAAGACCUUGAAGCUACAGGGCCCUGAUCCAUCCUCGGGAAGCAUCUGCUGGAGAUUUUCCAUCAGCCUGGAAACCUCCUCCUUCUCUUCUCCAGCUGCCUUGUUAUUCAAAGCAAAGUAGUGAUUCCUACAAUCCUUAACCAGUUUCAGGAGCGCCUCAUUUUCGGACUUCUCCACAUAGC